GCGGCUGCAGUUUGGCGAGGCAGUUCCGGGGUGGCGCGCGUCGUCCCGGAACUGAGCGAGCCGGUGUUGGAGUUCCAGGCGCGGGGUCGAGCAUGUCCGGGCGAGGCAAGCAGGGCGGUAAGGUGCGCGCCAAGGCCAAGUCGCGCUCGUCGCGCGCGGGCCUGCAGUUCCCCGUGGGCCGCGUUCACCGGCUGCUGCGGAAGGGCAACUACGCGGAGCGCGUGGGCGCGGGAGCGCCCGUGUACCUGGCGGCGGUGCUGGAGUACCUGACGGCCGAGAUCCUGGAGCUGGCGGGCAACGCGGCGAGGGACAACAAGAAGACGCGCAUCAUCCCUCGUCACCUGCAGCUGGCCAUCCGCAACGACGAGGAGCUCAACAAGCUGCUGGGCCGUGUGACCAUCGCGCAGGGCGGCGUCCUGCCCAAUAUCCAGGCCGUGCUGCUGCCCAAGAAGACGGAGAGCCAGAAGGUGAAGAGCAAGUGAACCCGACAGACGGGUGCAGAGCCCGCCCGCCACAGUCCGCAGCCAAUAAAGUCGGUGAAAAGCGAGUAAUCUAGAGAGCUGUGUAGUCGCGGGACCGAGGGGGUGUUGGGUGGGGACGAGUUCCAACUUUGAGCGUGACGCAGGCCACCUGUGUGGCCAUGUGCGAGCCGGAGGAACCCAGCGGGUGGAUUGGGAGAGCCCCGUCGCAUCACCGUGGGCAGGAGAAGCGGACCUAGUGCCCAGAGGCUACUCUGGAAUUGGCUUUGCCUAACUCCCCAGUCUUAGGGAAAAGUGGUAGGGAAGGUGUUGCGAGCUGUGAACAAGAAGUUGCCUCGCUUGUCAUACAUAGGAAGGUUGAGCUAUAUGUACCCUAGCCAUUUGGAAAAGACAGGAACUUGGGAUCCUUGGUGGGUGCUAGUUAUUUAUGGUAGUAUUUAAGCUAAUAGAUGUUACGUAUUCGUGAUCUGAAUGCCAGCCAUCUUCACAUUGCACACUUGUGUUCAAUAUUCUUUAUAAUGAAGUAACUUGUGCAAUACGGAAGUGAGUCACGAAGUUUGCGCUCUGGAUGGUGUUGCGUAACAGCGGGGCCCUCGGUCUUAAGUAGUGUAUGUUUAGCAGCUCCUAAAAUGAUCUUCUCUUGGUGCUUGCGGUGGUGUUACCCCUCAUCCCUGCAUUUGGGAAGUAGAACGCCUUUCGUGGCUAGAUAGCGAGUUUGUGGCCGUUUCUGAACUACAUUAGACCGUGUCUCAAAAUAUGUUUCUGUCUCCCCUCGAGUUUUAGCUGCAUGGCAGCCUCUUAUCCAGCACUGAUUCUGAGAAUCAGCCUGAUUUUACUUAAAAGCAAAACCGAUUUUUUUUUUUUUUUUUUAGGGGUGACUGUUAGCUUUCCUGGGAUCAGGUUUCUUCUUUUCCGUAACUGUUGAGUUGGGUGAUGGCGCCUCAAGGAAGGAAAGGGUCGUGUGAGUUAACGUAACGCGGAGAGCCAAACCCCAGGGCCCUGGAAAUGCGAUUCUUGCCUUGGUCAUUCCGUUUCCUGCUCACUCAGUAACCAUCAUUCUGUUAGCAGGAGCCACAAAACAUCCCAUGCUACGGAGGUUUCACUCUGGGUUCUUCCCCUCCACCCCCGGGGGGGAGUCAGAGUUCAAGUCUUCCUCUUCAUUUGCAGUAUUUCCCCUCGAAAUUUAUUUCAUUCCCAGUAUUGGUAUGACGUCUACACCACGUGCUAGUAACUGAGGGUACAGCUGUGAAUGAGGCCAGCUAGGUCUCACUGUCCCGAACACGUGGUCCCCCCCCCAUGGUUUCUGAAGACAGCAAAAAGGACAAAUAAAGAAUAUAUUACAAAUCUG